AUGAUUAUAGUGAAUAUAUGGAGAGCUGUUCACCCUCCCCAAAUGAACGUGUACAACAUGUAUGUUCAAGAGGAUCCCCAUGAGUAUGGCAUUCUACUGUAUGAAAACUACAAAAACACAUUUGAAGACUACAUAGGAUUAACUGUACUACCAUCACUGAGAGAAAAGAAAGAUGAACUCUUAUUGAAAGAGUUGCUUGAACAAUGGUCAAAUUACAAGAUUAUGAACAAGUACAUGUUUAAAUUUUUCAGUUAUCUUGAAAGACACUAUAUCUGCGGUCGAAAUGGACGUCCUACUCUUGAACUAAAGACAUUCUUAUCCUUCUAUUCUCUGGUAUAUGAUGAGAUGCAUGGGGAUUCCAAUUAG